ACUCCUUUUAUUUGCCAUUUUAAUUUCUUAAAAAAAGAAAAAAAAAUCUCCAUCACCUUCUCGCCCCUCUCUUUUGAUCUCCGUGCAGCACUGCAUUUGCAUAGAAGCGAUUUCAUUCCUCUGUUCUUCAGGAAUUUACCAAUCUAAUAUUCAGAAAUGGUGGCUUAUCUCUUUCUUCUUCUCUUCAUAAUUCAUGGAAUCUCUGCUCAGCCUCCACCUUCAAAAUGGCAAACCUUGAAUGGAUCUCCUCCAUUAGUGGUGGCUAGAGGAGGAUUCUCAGGCAUUUUUCCAGAAUCAAGCUCCUAUGCUUAUGACUCAGCAAAAUCAGCGAGCAGCCUUCACAAUGUUGUGGUGCUCUGUGAUCUUCAAUUAACAAAAGACAGCAUUGGAAUAUGCAAGUCAGAUUUGAGACUUGAUAAUUCUACUAAUAUUGCAACUAUUUUCCCAAAGAGAGGAAAUACUUACAGAGUGAAUGGGCAGGCUGUUAGGGGAUGGUUCUCUGUAGAUUUUACAGCAGAAGAGUUAUUCACUAAUGUGGCAUUGAUUCAGAACAUAUAUUCAAGGCCUAGUAUAUUUGAUGGUGUCAUGCCUAUCUUAACCAUUGAUGAUGUCCAAGGGCACAAACCUGCUCAACUAUGGUUGAAUGUACAGUACAGUUCAUUCUACAAAGAACAUAAAUUAGAUGUACUAGACUUCAUCAAGUUAACCUCACAACGUAUACACUACAAUUUCAUCUCAUCACCAGAAAUAGACUUCCUGAAGAAUGUUGAUGUGAGCGCCAUGAGAAAGAAACCAAAGCUCGUAUUCAAGUUCCUGGACAUCGGUUCGAUUGAGCCGAUGACAAACAAGACGUACGGAAACCUUCUUGAGGAUUUAGAGUAUAUCAAGACAUUUGCAUCAGGGAUUUUGGUGCAGAAGGAAUACAUAUGGCCUGUUGAUGAUAAUGGAUAUUUAGCUCCAGCUACUGAUAUUGUAGAAGAUGCACAUGGCCUAGGAUUGGAAGUUUACGCUUCAGGAUUUGCUAAUGAUGUGCCUGGAAGCUACAAUAAUAGCUAUGAUCCAAUUCAAGAGUAUCUUCAGUUUAUUGAUAAUUCAGAUUUCUCCGUUGAUGGUGUCCUCACUGACUUCCCUUACACUGCAUCAGAGGCUAUUGCUUGUUUUGCAAAUAACCAGAACAAAGCUCUCUCUAGUGAAGCUCAGCCAUUGGUUAUAACUCACAAUGGUGCAAGUGGGAUCUAUCCUGGAAGCACUGAUCUUGCCUAUAAACAAGCAGUAGAAGAUGGCGCAGAUAUUAUUGAUUGUUCUGUUCAGUUGUCAAAAGAUGGAAUUUCAUUCUGCUUGGACUCAGCAGAUCUUUCAGGAAGCACAACAGCAAUGCCUAAAUUCAUGUCAAAGUCUACAACAAUACCAGAGAUCCAAAACAACAGUGGAAUCUUCACAUUUGACCUCACAUGGUCUGAGAUCCAAAGCUUAAAACCUAAUUUAGUAAGCCCCUACUCCUCAGUUGGGUUGGUAAGAAAUCCUGUUGCCAAAAACAUGGGCAAAAUUCUGAAAUUGGCUGAAUUCCUAUCCUUUGCCAAAAACAGUACUGUUCCAGGUGUUUUAAUCAAUAUUCAGAAUGCUCCCUACCUAGCAUCAAAGAAGGGUGUCAGUAUGGUCGAUGUUGUUUCGACUGCAUUGGCUAAUGCAAGCUACGACGAAGACAGAACUAAAAGAGUUCUAAUCCAAUCUGAUGAUUCAUCAGUUCUUACAGAAUUUAAGAAGAUUAACACUCGCUAUGAACGCAUUCUCUUGAUUCCAGAGCAAGUUGGUGAUGCACCAAAGCCUGCUGUGGAUGAGAUAAAGAAGUUUGCUACUGCAGUUAAUGUUAUAAGAUCAUCCAUAAUGGCUUAUGAUGGUGCUUUGAUCUCCUAUUUCACUAAUGUUACAGCUGAGAUGCAGAGAUCGAAUAUAUCUGUUUAUGUUUCGGUGCUCAGAAAUGAAUUUACAACGAUAGCUUACGAUUUCUUCUCAGAUCCAGUUGUUGAAAUUGCUACUUUUGUUGGUGGAAUUGGCGUGAAUGGUCUAAUUACUGAAUAUCCUGCAACAGCAAGAGCCUACUUAAGGACCCCAUGCUCAAACCUCACCCUAGGCUUCCCUACUAGUCGUCCCUACACAAUCUUACCGGUGGCGGCCGGUGGCAUCAAAUCGCUGGCUUUGCCAGAGACACUGCCUCCAGCUCAAUCACCAGCACCGCCUCUCGAACCCUCAGAUGUGGUCGACCCACCUCUUCCCGAUGUUGUUAAUCAAGCAAAUCCUGCUCAGGCACAGACUCCAGGUUCUGAGCCCAAGGCAAGCGGACAACUCUCAAAUGUAGCACUGAACGCUUAUCUCUGCCUCCUUGUAGUGAUGCUCAACUUUCUGUGUUGAAGUAAUUGUUUCAUUUUACAUAGCAGAACCAAUUGUUGCAGUGUGGAAACUAAACUAAGAUCAGGAGAUUACAUUAAUUAAACUAAAGUGAGAAUGGAUUUUGAACUAUAUUAAGG